AGAGAACCGGACAACAAUAAUGUGGGCUUGUUUGGUUGUUCUUUUAGUAGGUUACUUUGUUUUCAUAAGAUGGAUUUACCGUCGACAUCGACGGAGUUUUGGUGGCGCGUUACAACAACUUUUAACAGUCGGUGAAUCUGAAGUUCGUGCCUUGAUAAUAACUGCACACCCUGAUGAUGAAUGUAUGUUCUUCGCUCCAACAAUCAUACGGCUGCGACAGUUUCACGACAGCGUCCAUUUGCUGUGUUUAUCUGAGGGGAACUUCUAUGAUCAGGGGGCCCAACGACGACAAGAACUUUACAAGAGCUGCGCUGUUUUGGGGAUACCUGCCUCCAAUGUCUCUAUCUUGAACUACAAAGAACUCCCAGACGACCCCCGAGUGGAAUGGAACAUAUCCCUGGUUUCCUCUCUAAUUGUGCAAUACAUCAGAAAACACUCCAUAAACAUGGUGCUGACCUUUGACGAAAAGGGAGUGAGUGGACAUGCCAAUCACUCAGCCAUUUAUCGUGCUGUCAGGCAUCUAGCGUCGAGUGGACCGGUACCCAACGACUGCUGCCUGCUGGCUUUGACCAGUGUUGGCCUCCUCAGAAAAUACAUCUCUUUGCUGGAGCUUCCUGCCAGCUGGCUUCUGCCCUCCUCCCUCUGCUGUAUCAUUGGCUCCAGCGGCUACAGACAAGCCAGAGUAAGACCUGCCACACAUAGCUAUAUUGUUAUGGUCACAUCCUACAGCCAACAGCCAAAAGAAAUCCAGCGACCAGUGAAGUCUAAAAAAUAUUUACGUGUCUUCAACGUGAAUCCUAGUUGGUUUCCCCCUCAGAUAUUGUCAAUUCAACUUGUUUUUUUUUUUUCUUUUGACCCAAAUUCUGCUCUUUCGACUUUGACUUUUAUAAUAAUCUCCUUUUACUCAAAUGUCAACAAUGUCUUACAUUGAGACUUACAGUGCAUCAAAACCUCUGUCAGCUAAGGCUUCACUGGAACAUAUAAUGUCCCUCAUGAAGUUUAUUGUACGCAUUUGGUUACACCAAACUAGAUAUAGCGUUUAGUCAUGUGUCCCUAAUACAUUCUUGCAGUCUGUUUUCUGUUUGCACUACUUUAUCUAUUUUCAACCACCACUGUUUUCAUUAAUGUUAUAUUGUGUUUCUUUGUCAGGCGGCCAUGUUAUGUCAUCGAACUCAACUCCUGUGGUUUCGUUACGUAUACAUCGCGUUGUCACGAUACAUGUUCAUCAACACAUUCCACAGAAUCUCUCAAGGACCAAAGAACCUGAAGAUGAAUUAGGGUUUUUUUUUGCAUC